AUGGCGCCCAGUCGUCCACAGUCGCGCCUUGAGCCUCCUCCUCUAAGCGCAACUCUCGGUCCUAUGCCUGGCACCCGCGAACGCCCCAUCGCUGGACCUCGAAAGCGCCUCAUUGUCACCUGUGACGGUACUUGGCUCGAUGCUGACAACGGAUUGGUUAACGGCCAGAAACAACCGCCUUCAAAUGUCUCACGCAUUGGCUGGGCUAUUAAAGAUACCUCUCGGGACGGCAUUCCCCAGAUUGUCAAUUACCAGGCUGGUGUCGGCACCAUGGGUGGCCGUGCAUCUCGCGUUGUUGGCGGUGCUACUGGCUUCGGCCUCAAGGAGAACAUGCGCGAAGCUUACACUUAUCUUGCAAUCAACUGGAAACCUGGUGAUGAGAUGUUUCUCAUAGGAUUCAGCCGAGGCGCCUUCACAGCAAGAAGUAUUGGUGGGAUGAUAGGAGCAUUGGGAUUACUGACGAGAGCCGGUCUCCCGAGCUUCAAUGAGAUAUUCGAAGAUUGGGAACAUCGCUUUGACGACCGCUAUGUAAGCAGAUACCCCGACAACCCAUUUCCAGACAAAGGACCUUUCGAUCAGCGUUACGUGGAUGAACUCGCAAGGAGAGGUCUGACGACAAUAAAUGUGCCCAUCAAAGCCAUCUGCUGUUGGGACACGGUCGGUAGUCUGGGAAUUCCAAGGUUGGGAUUUUUCGACUCCCUCCUUGGGGCUCGAGGGACCCAUGAAUACGAAUUUUAUGACACCCGUCUGCACCCCUGUGUUGAAAAUGCCUUCCAGGCCCUCGCCCUGGAUGAACGGAGGGCACCUUUCUCGCCUGCACUGUGGGAGAAGCGUGAUAAUGAUCGCACCAAUUUGGUCCAAUGUUGGUUCCCUGGGGUGCACAGCAAUGUUGGAGGCGGGUACGAUGACCAGGACCUCGCAAACAUUACUCUCGCAUGGAUGAUGAGCAAGCUAGAGCCACAUCUGGAUUUCCGCCCAAAUUUCGUGGACGGACUUUGGGAGGACAAUCGACACUAUUACAAGCUGACUGGCCAGAAAACACGGUCAUGGGCUUUCGGCGAGCUCUAUAACUCGUUAAAGGGCUUCUAUGGCCUGACGGGCAGUAAGAUAAGAACUCCAGGGAAUUACUACCGCACGGAUCCGCGAACCGGUCGGCCAAUGUCUAAGAGGCUGAAACACACGAAUGAGUAUAUUCAUGCCAGCGUGCGGGCUAGACUAGGUAUGCAGGGGCCGGGGCCACAGGAUCGAGGCACAUACGACCCACCAGCAUUGAAGGAGUGGACUUUCCAAACGGAGAUGGUUCCACCGAGUCAAGGCGGUAAUGCCGACCACGUGGCGGUGGUCUGGACUGAUCACAAUGCGAGGAAAAGCGGUGGGCAGGACAGAAUGCCUGAGGCAACAUUGUCUGAUUUAGAGUUGACGCUCUUAAAACGAAGUCCCCGAGUCUAUGACUACGUGAUGGAUCUGCGACCAUCGGUGAGGGAGAAGAGAAGAAGUCACCGGGUUGAACAAUUCGACGGUGCUCCUCCUGUUAGACCACCAUCUCAGGCCCCACCUCCGUUUGGUGCGAGACGAAGUGGAAGGCUCAAUCCAGAUGGACUCCCUGAGUCGGAUGAGGAUAGGGAGAGGCGUAGAAGACGAAGCCAUCGAGAAAGUCGAGAUCCGGAAAAAGCACGACGGCGGAGGAGUCGACGUCAGGAUGAUUAA